AUGAAUUGGUCGGAGACUCAAAAUCCAUGGCACGUCAACGAUUCAAUCUUUUGGAAAAGGAGAUUAGAACUUAACCCCGAGCUAAAGGAAGAGUACCAUACGUUUAUGGCAGAAUACCUCUCCCUCGAACACAUGCGGCUUGUUCGAGGGGACGACAGGCAGCCGCCUAAAGCAUGUUACCUCCCACAUCAUCCGGUCGUCAAAGAAACCAGCACAACGACCAAAGUACGCGUGGUUUUCGACGCGUCGGCCAAGACCUCCACAGGCUCGUCUCUUAAUGAAGCACUGUUAGUAGGUCCUGUGGUGCAGGAUGACCUCCUAUCAAUAAUCCUUCGGUUUCGAACAUUUCCAGUGGCAUUGGUGGGUGAUAUCGCCAAAAUGUAUCGACAAAUACUACUUCAUCCGGAUGACACACCAUACCAGAGAAUUUUAUGGCGAUUUAAUUCUAUGGAACCUGUCGAAACGUACGAGUUGAUGACGGUCACGUACGGCUUAACUCCAUCCUCGUUUCUUGCUACGCGCACCCUCAAGCAAUUGGCUGCCGAUGAAGGCAACGCAUACCCGCUUGGAAAGGCAGCUCUUCAAAAGAGCUUCUACGUGGACGAUUUCAUUGGCGGUGCCGAAUCAGUCGCUGAAGCUAUCCAAUUAAGGACGAAAUUGAGUGAGCUGUUAGCCAAGGGUGGCUUUCCGCUACGGAAGUGGACCUCCAAUCAAUUGUCGGUUCUCCAAGGUUUGUCAUCAGAAGAAAUAGGCACCCAGUCAUCGAUAAAAUUUGAUACCAACGAAACGGUCAAGGCACUUGGUAUCUCGUGGGAACCCGAAUCCGAUCAGUUUCGCUUUGAUUCUGAGAUUCGACGACGAAAUGGUCCAGCUACGAAGCGUUCUAUACUCUCAGAGAUCUCUCAGUUAUUUGAUCCUUUGGGGUUGAUUUCACCAAUUACCAUCAAAGGAAUAAUGUUAAUGCAGCGACUAUGGCUUCUUCCGUGUGCAUGGGAUUACGAAGUUCCAGCAGAAAUUGCUGCUCAUUGGAAUGAUUUCACUGCUCAACUGCCAAAGAUUGCGAAUUUCCGUGUCGGUCGUUACGCUCUCAUACCAAAUGCUUCUAUCCAGCUUCACACAUACUCAGACGCGUCUGAAUCCGCAUAUGGAGCAUGCAUGUAUGUUAGGUGCAUUAAUGCUGUGGGUCAAAUAAGCGUUCAACUCCUAGCAUCCAAAACCCGCGUUGCACCACUCAAAAGAGUUACUCUACCCCGAUUGGAGCUCUGUGCGGCUCAAGUGGCGGCAAGACUUUACGCCAGAGUUGUUGGAGCGCUCCAGAUAACUACUACAAAAUCAUAUUUUUGGUCUGAUUCCACCGUCACAUUACAAUGGCUACGUUCACCGCCCAACACUUGGAAGAAUUACGUGGCCAAUCGAGUAUCUGAGAUCCAAGAUUUGACCCAUCGAGCCUUUUGGAAUCAUGUCGCUGGUACUGAGAAUCCCGCAGACCUUUUGUCUCGUGGCAUGCAUGUUGACGGUUUCUUGAAGAGUAAUUCCUGGAAGAACGGUCCCAAAUGGCUAUCAUGCCCUGAAAAUGAAUGGCCUAACACAAGGCUUUGUGACUAUCCCGUAGAAGGAAAAGAGAGGCGCAAAACGUUCGUUGCCGUUGUCAGAACUAAACCAUCCCAAAUCAAUCCUAUUUUCACUCGAUUUUCAUCGUUCAACCGCCUGCUUCGUACUUUCGCUUGCGUUCUGCGGUUUAUAGCUAACAUUCGGUGCAAGACGCGGACGCAGCCAUCGACGGUUCAUUGCACUCCCCAAAGCGCUGUGCUAAGAGUUGAGCACAUAUUAUCUGCCGAACGAAAGCUAAUUCAACUAGCGCAGGCGGACGUAUUCCAGCCAGAGGUUAAAGAUCUACGAACUAAUAAAAUAGUGUCAAAACAGUCGCCAAUUCGACUGCUUACUCCAUUUUUGGACCCUGAGGGAAUCAUUAGAGUAGGGGGGAGACUUAGACUCUCAGACCAGCCAUUUUUAUCGAAGCAUCCUGCGCUCCUGCCUAGUAAUCAUCCUCUUUCACACCUCAUUGCCAAGUCCUAUCAUCUUUCACUUAUUCACGGUGGCGGCCGCCUUACCCUCGCUGCUAUGCGUGAAAAAUAUUGGCCUUUGCACGGCAGAAGGCUUGUUCGCAGUGUCAUCCGCAGCUGCUAUCAAUGCGCUCGAGCCGAACCACAAUCCGCAACCCAACAGAUAGGACAACUUCCAUUGCAUCGAAUUACGCCCAGUCGCCCGUUUUCGGUAUCUGGGAUCGACUACGCCGGACCAUUAUAUUUAAAACCAGUGCACAAGAGAGCUGCGGCUACAAAGGCGUACAUUUGUAUCUUUGUGUGCUUUUGCACCAAGGCGGUGCAUAUCGAGUUGGCGAGCGAUUUGUCAACGAAUGCGUUCUUGUCUGCGUUGCGCCGCUUUAUUGCCCGUCGCGGACUGCCAACAGAUCUGUACACGGAUAAUGGCAAAAAUUUCGAAGGAGCCGCCAACGAAUUGGAGGAAGUUUACAGGAUGCUUCAGAAUGAAUCACAGCGACAGCAAAUUAUGACAGAUCGAGACUGUGAACGCAUCUCAUGGCACUUUAGUCCGCCGAAGGCCCCACACUUCGGAGGUUUGUGGGAGGCGGCGGUGAAGGUGGCUAAACGACAGCUCUAUCGACAACUUGGGAAUUCAAAAUUGUCAUUUGAGGACCUGGCUACUAUACUGGCGCAAAUAGAGGCGAGUAUGAACUCGCGACCCAUCGUUCCGCUUAGUGAAGAUCCCAACGACAUUUCUGCGCUUACCCCGGCACACUUCCUCAUCGGAAGUACCAUGCAUUUACUCCCUGAAAAAGAUUUGCACCAUACACCAACAAGCCGUCUCGACCAUUAUCAGCGCAUGCAAAAGGUUUACCAACAGUUUUGGCACCAUUGGCGGACCGAAUAUCUGCAGGAGUUGCAGCGUGAUACCAAAACCUGUCAUCCCAACAGAUGCAUUCAACCAGGCAGGUUGGUAGUGAUAACUGACGAGCUACAGAUUCCAGUGAAGUGGCCGCUUGCACGCAUAGUCGCUGUACAUCCCGGUAAGGACGAUUUAGUACGUGUAGUCACACUGCGUACCAACCGGGGUACCAUAACUCGACCGGUGACGAGAAUAUGUUUGCUGCCAAUGGAGGGCGAAGAUAUUUUGUGUAAGAAAAGUUUAGAACAGUAA